AGGGAAGGGUUGAGGGGGCUUGGGAGGGGAGUGGGUCGGUAAAUCUGGGAAUCAGGACCUUCUUUUUCUGCAUUGUUCAAACAUGAGGGCGGAAAGCUGCGAUUACAACUCAAACUGAUGCUUUUUUUAUUAUUAUUUUCUGGUUCGUUUUGUUGUUUUUACGCGCGUCAGCUUCUGCUCGCAACUUUCUCCCACAACAGGUUUCCUUGUUGCGACAGAACAAUUCCGAUAUUAAUUUACCGAUUUUCUACACACUUAUUGUUACAGUAUUAAAGUAAACUUUUUUUCUUCUUCUUCUUCCCCUUCUUCUUUGUGACACCCCGCAUCUGCCAUCGCCCGGGCAACCGGUCCUCCUCUCCAUCCUUCUCCUGCGCUUCAUCCCCCAGAGUUGGGGAGGGGGGGAAGAGGGGGGCAGCUCAGCUCCUCUGGCGACAAACAGCAGCUGCUUGUUUGACUCUGAGCGGAAAUUAAAUAUUUUCCCUCGGCGCUUUCACGUUUUUUUUUUUUGUUUGUUUUUUUUUAUGUGCGUGGUUAUUUUUUUGAAACCCGGUGAAGUCCAUGCGUCUCGCAGCGCCAAAAUGCCAGUGAGACGCGGUCAUGUUGCGCUCCAGAACACCUACUUGGACACAAUCAUCAAGAAAUUCGACGAGCGAAAUCGCAAGUUUCUGAUCGCCAACGCCCAGAUGAAGAACUGUGGAAUCAUCUACUGCAACGAAGGCUUCUGCCAGAUGUUCGGGUUCACCCGGGCAGAGAUCAUGCAGCAGCCCUGCACCUGCCCGUUCCUGGUCGGCCCCGGCACCAUGAAGAGCGCCCUGGCCCAGCUGGCGCAGGCCCUGCUCGGGUCCGAGGAGCGAAAGGUGGAGAUCCUCUACUAUUCCAAGGAAGGAAUUUGCCGACCAUGCCGGGUGGAUAUCGUGCCUGUCAAAAACGAGGAAGGCCACGUCAUAAUGUUCAUCCUCGACUUCCAGGAGCUCAUCGAUCCCUCACUCAAGAAGUCCGGAUUAAGGCAGAGAGUCGCUCAAGGAUGGCUUUACUGUCAGAACCGCCGGCUGAAGAUGAGGCUGCCAGAGCUUCGCUCCAUGCGAAGACCGUCGCUGGCCAAAGAUCAGUGUGAAGGCGUGGUCGUGGAUUACCUGCAGCCAAGCAGCGAGGAAGUCCCUUUGAAGGAGUUUCGCAUCCCUUCCAAGGAGAGCUGCAUGCAGUCUGAGACCGAGGCUUUAAUCGAGCAGGAUCUGGAUCCGCCCUCCCCUGCUGCCCAGUCCUUCACCAAACGGCGCUCCUUGCUUACAGAUCGGCUGGACCCCGGCGUCUCCUUCACACGGGGGGCGCUGCCUCGAAGCUGCUCCAACGAGAGCGUCCGCAGCCUGAGGCGGGCCUCGUCGCUGGAUGACAUUGACGGGAUGCGAGCAGAGUGGAACAGUCGGCCCGGAGAAACCCGAACUCACAGCAACCUUAAGCCCAGUGCUUUGAACUCCACCUCGGACUCAGAUCUUAUACGGCACAGAACCAUCGGGCGCAUCCCGCAGGUCACCCUCACGUUCGGCUCGGACAGACUGAGACCCCCCACGCCUACAGAGAUUGAAAUCAUCGCCCCCAGCAAGGUUAAAGACCGGACCCAGAAUGUCACUGAAAAGGUCACUCAGGUCACACAGGUGCUGUCCCUCGGCGCCGACGUGCUCCCCGAAUACAAGCUGCAGGCGCCACGCAUCCACAAGUGGACCAUUCUUCACUACAGCCCCUUCAAAGCCGUGUGGGACUGGGUCAUCCUCCUGCUGGUCAUCUACACGGCCAUCUUCACGCCGUACUCUGCUGCCUUCCUUCUCAACGAAGCAGAAGACGAAGACGGCUCGUGCGGCUACACCUGCAACCCACUUAACGUGGUGGACCUGGUGGUGGACGUCAUGUUCAUCGUGGACAUCCUCAUCAACUUCAGGACCACCUAUGUGAACAGCAACGACGAGGUGGUCAGCCACCCGGGCCGCAUUGCGCAGCACUACUUCAAGGGCUGGUUCCUGAUCGAUAUAGUCGCCGCCAUCCCAUUUGAUCUGCUCAUAUCUCGCUCCGGGUCGCAAGAGACGGAGCCACAGACUCAAACUACUCUGAUUGGAUUACUGAAGACCGCCAGGCUGCUGAGGCUCGUGCGGGUGGCCAGGAAGCUGGACCGUUACUCUGAAUAUGGAGCUGCUGUUCUUUUCCUCCUCAUGUGCACAUUCGCCCUCAUCGCCCACUGGCUGGCCUGUAUCUGGUACGCCAUCGGCAACGUGGAGCGCACCGGCUCCGAGCGCAUCGGCGGCAUGAAGAUCGGUUGGCUCGACAACCUGGCUGAUCAGAUAGGGAAACAGUACAACAGCAGUGACAGGACCUCAGGCCCGUCCAUUAAAGACAAGUACGUUACGGCUUUAUAUUUCACCUUCAGCAGCUUGACCAGUGUGGGCUUUGGCAACGUUUCCCCCAACACCAACCCGGAGAAGAUCUUCUCCAUCUGUGUCAUGCUCAUUGGCUCUCUUAUGUAUGCCAGCAUCUUUGGGAACGUGUCUGCUAUCAUUCAGAGGCUGUACUCUGGCACAGCCCGGUACCACACGCAGAUGCUGCGGGUCAAAGAGUUCAUUCGCUUCCACCAGAUCCCCGGAGGCCUGAGACAAAGGCUGGAGGAGUACUUCCAGCACGCCUGGUCCUACACCAACGGCAUUGACAUGAAUGCUGUCUUAAAGGGUUUCCCUGAAUGCCUGCAAGCCGACAUCUGCCUGCAUCUGCACCGCAGCUUGCUGCAGAACUGCAAAGCGUUCCGGGGCGCCAACAAAGGCUGCCUGCGGGCUCUCGCCAUGCGAUUCAAGACAACCCACGCACCGCCGGGUGACACCCUCGUUCACAGUGGGGACAUUCUCACUGCCCUCUACUUCCUUUCCAGGGGUUCAAUAGAGAUUCUGAGGGAUGAUGUAGUGGUGGCCAUACUGGGAAAGAACGACAUCUUUGGCGAACCCGACCACAUAUACGGGAGGCCAGGGAAAUCCAGCGCUGACGUUAGGGCUCUGACCUACUGUGACCUUCACAAGAUCCUGAGGGACGACCUGCUGGAGGUGCUGGAGAUGUAUCCUGACUUUGCUGACACCUUCUGGAACAAUUUGGAGAUCACCUUUAACCUGAGAGAUGCAGACAGAAUAAACCAGCCAACCCAGGGCAGGAACUCUGAGUGCGGCUGCCGCCUGACGAGGCAUCGGAGGAGCUCCCUGCGGCGUCGGAACAGGCCGGAUGGGAUGGAUCAUGAGGAUUCUUACCCAGAUCCGUCGCUGCUGACGGUGAACCAGCGGCGGGGAAUGGUGGCCGGGACUCACUGGGAAGAUCUCUGCAGCAGUGCCAGCAUUUGUUCCCAGUCUAGUGAUGAGGAAAUCAAGCCUGUGAUACACAAGGGGGAGCUGUACGUCCAGGGGCCCGACACCAGAGACUACCAGCCAUCACGGGUCAGCAUACGGGCCCCCUGUGGACCUUCUGCUCUAGUGGGACAGGCUGUGGAUCUUGGAGGCUCUCCGUACUCAGCAGCGCCCCCCAUCAGCGUGUCGGGUUUAUACGGCUACUGGUCAGAGCGCAGAUCCAGCCAGCUGUCAGAGAACCAGAGGAGGCAGCCCGCGGUCAGAGCUGGUUUUCAGCCGCCCUUCUGUGCCGAGGAUCGGCCUCGGGAGCUCGAAUCAAGACUGGAGCUCCUGCAGUCUCAGCUGAACAGGCUGGAGACACGCAUGACUGCGGAUAUCAAUGUGAUUCUGCAGCUCCUCCAGAGGCAGAUGAACCCGGUGCCUCCAGCCUACAGCGCCGUGUCACCCAGCUCUCACCUGCCUCACCCCACCACCCUGUACGCCCCAGGAGCCCCCACCAUCCACGCGGUGCCCCCGAUCCAGCCGGUACCGAUGGACGGCACUGCCUCCCUCCUACAGAGUCCAGAUUCGGACUUCAAGCAGAAGUCCAAAGACUCGCUCUCCAGCGGCGUUCAUCUCACCGUGGCAUCAGACGACACCAUGUCACCAGACGCCGACCAAUCACACCUGCCGUCUGUGGACCUGACCUCUCCUCCGUCCCUGUCCCCUGACGCCCAGGAAGCUCCCGGGCUCCUCAGCGGCAGCCAGCGUUACCCCUCCCUUCCCGAGCACCUCGAGAACUCCACAGAGAUGCAGGAGAUCCAAAGACACGUCUCUGACCCGGUCCUGCCAGGCUCUUAGAACAUCCUGGCCUAAAUGUAACGACACGGUUUGUCCAGAUGGACCCCGCUCUCUCCCAUUAGCAACAAUCCUGCUCCUGUCCUGGUCAGAUGCUGCCAGAAAAGCGAUGGACGCCCCGAUUCCCGCAUCACAGAGACUUCAGAGUGCCUCCUGCGUCGUAAAGGCUCCACCGAGCAGAGCUCCUCCAGGUCCUGCAUAAUGAAGACGGACUAUUUCUGUUACACGGAGUCUCAGACCCAAGCUGACAGUAUUUACAUUGAUCUACAAGAAGCACUGAUUGGAUUAAAAGAAGAAAAAAAAAAACAGAAAAAGUGCAUCCCAGACUCAGGUAUCCAUAAUGGUGGAGGAAAUUAAAAACAGAAAAAGAACAUGUUUGAGAUAUAUCUGCAUUAAUUUUGUAUAAGAACUGCACAUUUAGGCUCAAUCAAGGAAAAACUGUAUUUUUAUACUGUAAUAGAUGCUGGUUACAUAAAGAACUAUGUAUCUGCACUGCAAAAAGGGAACUGAAAGUAACUUUUCUUGAAAUGAGUGUAUUUAUCCUUGAUUUGAACAGGCAAGUUUAAUUGAUCUGCAAAUGGAAUAAGGUUUUUCUACCUAACAUAGGAACAACUCAUCUCCGUCAUCUUAUUUCAAUUGCUGUAUAUCUAAUUAUCUUUUUGUUAGGGGUAAAAAUACUCAUUCCAUUGGCAGAUCAUCUUAUUUACCUGCUCAAAUCAGGGACAGAUCCACUCAUUUCGGAUCAUUUUCCUUACUUUUAGCUCCUUUUUGCAGUGUGGUAAAUGCAAAGACUGUUAGAGUCAGUGUUACUGUUGUCUAUGUUACCAAAUAAACUGUCUGACACACUGUAA